UCAUCACAAAUUUUGUCAGCUGAUCACAUAUCGAGUAAACAACAUCUCUAACAAAAUAACAUGAAACGCGGAGAAGCUUCAGUGCUGGCAUUAUUAUUGGAGUAAAAUAUUCUUAGCUUGGAUCAUGGAAGAUAGCACAAUGUCAGAGAGGACUGCCUUGUUAGAAGAUGUAGAUCAUUUCAGUGAUGCUGCUGACACCAAUGGCUAUGUAAACCAUGAUGAUGUAGAGAUUAAAUCUGGAAGAGCUUCUAGUGAUGUAGGACCAGCUGAAAAUCCACCUACAGACAGGUAUCGCUUUGUUUAUGUGGUCUUCUACAUCUUUGGUAUGUGCUCAGUUCUUCCAUGGAAUAUGUUCAUCACUGCUCAGAAUUACUUUGAUUACAAGUUUUCUAACCAUGAUGAGAGCAACACAUCAACACCUAAUGCAACACUCUUUGGUAUGACAGAGACCCCCAUCUUUACGUCGGCACCUCAAUCUAAGACAGAACUACAAGACAUGUAUGAAUCCUACUUCUCUAUAGCAGCUCAAGUACCCAAUGUUGUUAUACAGCUCGUUAAUACUGGCAUUAAACACAAAAUAACUCUCAAAGUGCGAAUGAUUACAUCGCUUACUGGCAUGCUGGUCAUAUUCAUUUUCACUACAGUACUCACCAGGGUUGAUACUAAUGGCUGGGAGCAGGAGUUUUUCUGGGUUACCCUAGCCAGUGUUGUCGUCAUCAAUUGUUUUAGUGCGGUAUUCCAGGGCAGUGUGUUUGGACUAGGAGGGUUACUGCCCAAGAAAUAUACCCAAGCUCUGAUGGCUGGACAAGGAUUGGGUGGAAUAGUUCCAGCAUUGGUCUCGAUCAUCUGUCUUGCAACUCUGAAUGACAACUCGCUAGUUGGAUUUGUGUAUUUCCUCAUAUCCGUCAUAUGCAUCUUCAUAACGUAUGGGGCUUAUCUAGUGUUACCCAGAAAUAAGUAUGCUGAGUACUAUCUCAAUAAGCAAGCUUCUCCAAGAACCGGGAUGAUAGAUGUCUCUGCAUCGUUUAGUAGUAGUUUUGAAGAGAAAAAGACAACCAAACCACCAUUUUGGAAAAUAUUAAGCCAGAUAUGGGUUCCAGGAUCAAUGGUAUUUUUAACAUUUGCUGUGACGCUGGGUAACUUCCCUGGUGUUAUAUCACAGAUAGAAUCUAUGCAACAAACAGAGUGGACAGAAAAAUACUUCACGCCACUCUUCUGCUUUCUGCUAUUCAAUGGAAUGGAUUUUUUUGGUAGAUCUAUGUCAUUUAUACAGCAGCCCAGCCAAAACCACAUGGGUAUAGUGAGUCUGCUGGUCGUUCUACGAUUAGGUUUCUUCCCUCUCUUUGCGCUGUGUAACGUCAGUCCCGACUCAAGGAAUUCUGAGGUUAUCUUUAUGCAUGAUGCAUACCCUAUCGUCUUCAUGUUCUUCUUUGCUGUGUCCAAUGGUUAUCUCGGAUCACUCUGUAUGAUGUAUGGCCCAAAGUAUGUGCAGCCAGAGCACCAGGAGACAGCAGGCAACAUGAUGGCAUUCUUCCUGGUAUUAGGAUUGGCUACAGGAUCAGCUAUUUCAGUCUUGGUCUUAUAUGUACUUUGAUAGGUCAUGAUGAUGAUGAGUCUCAAAGCAAGUUACAGUACAAGAUACAGGGUGGUAUAAAGGCUGCAUCAUGUGAUUAGAUAAAAAGAGAACAUUAUAUAAAUGAUGCUCUCAAGUUGAAGCUCUAUGCAUCUAUCUUACAAAGCCGCUAGGUUGAGUAUGAUAGGUGCAUGAAUAGCCUCAACAAAAAGCUGAUAGAUCCUGUAACGAACGAAUGAAAACGUGCAUCAUUAUAUGUUUUGUACAAUAAAACUCCUAGAUCGUUGUUAUUUAUGCAGAGGUGACUUUACCUCUGCAGUGCUGCGCAUGUACAUGUACAGUAUAAGUGCAUUAACCUCUUCAUUCCCUGCUGCACAUUGCAUACCGGGUACUUAAAAAUUGUUGGAUAGUACUGGAAACUAUUGCAUGCUUUUUCAUCAAAAAAUGUGUGAUAGAUAAACGAAUCACACAUGACCAUGUUUGACCAACCAUUUGACUAGGAUCUAGGAGUGAGUUGUAUGAUACUGAAUGAAUGUAGGUACAGGUAUAUAUAUGGAGCUAUCCCAUAAAGGUCUUACAGUUGAAUGCUACAUCCUGCCAUUAUAUGCCGUUGAUUUAUCCUGCUUAAGGGAACCUUUGUGAAAUAUUGCAUUACCAAUAUAUUUUAGAUAUUGUUUGAUCUGUGGUGCUAAGUGAUGAUUUGGACUACAAAAUCAAGGAAGAGAAGAGGCAAACCAAAGCUAUUUUGUCUUGUGCUCAUCGGAGUAAACCUGAAGAAUGUACCAUAGCUUAAAAACAGACCAUUUAAAUCCGCAAUAUGUUGUGUGGUGUACCUGUGUCUCGAUGACGAGAUGAUUUGUACU